AUCUGAGUAUAAAUAAAGCCCAGACGGGACAGCUCGGCUCGGCUCGCUUCGUCCCGUCCCGCUGCUGUCGGACACCCACCACAGUAGAACAUUAGAACAGCCGUCAAACAGCUGCAUCCUCCACACACUGUGACCUGCAUCGCGGAUGGGACUCCACUCCGACCGGACCCACGCACGGACAUCAUAUAUCCACGCGUUGUCCUCCUUUGUCUUGUCAUUACUCUUAUUGGAGCUCAGUCCGGAGCCUUUAUGAAUUUCCACCGGGGAAGAGACUUUUUAAUGGCAUUGGACUGCCGUGGUGCGUUUACGGGCCGGUGAAGGUGGUGGAGUGGAUUUGUCCUUUUUCCACUGCCGAAGGGGGGGAGGCCAAGUGUGUGUUUAGGGUUUGAUUUUCUCCUGUGGUGUCUGUGUGGAGCGAACCACACACCCACUCCACAACAACGACGGCUUUUGCUUGCAUCUUCCAGUGUUUCUUCUGUCAGCAAGUCCAGCAGAGCUGCAACUCUUCCAGUGCCAGCCCUGACACCAGCGAGGAGCCCUGCCCCACUGACAUGGUGAAGAUGACCAAGUCUAAAACCUUCCAGGCUUACCUGCCCACCUGCCACCGCACCUACAGCUGCAUCCACUGCCGGGCGCACCUGGCCAACCACGACGAGCUCAUCUCAAAGUCAUUUCAAGGCAGUCAAGGAAGAGCCUAUCUGUUUAAUUCAGUGGUGAAUGUCGGCUGUGGUCCAGCUGAGGAGCGGGUUCUCCUCACAGGUUUACAUGCUGUGGCUGACAUCUACUGUGAAAACUGUAAAACCACCCUGGGUUGGAAAUAUGAGCAUGCGUUUGAGAGUAGUCAAAAGUACAAAGAGGGAAAAUUCAUCAUCGAGCUGGCUCACAUGAUCAAGGACAACGGAUGGGAGUGAUGCCCUGUCUUCGUCUGACCUUGGAAUGCUCUUUAUUGAACUGCGUGGAGCGGCAACUAUCACCCCCCCUCUUCCCCCUAACAGCCCCCCACCUUCUCCACCGUUCAGAAGAAAAAACCCUCCACCUCGGUGUCCUUCACGUGCACACACCCACCUGCUCAUCACCUGAACAGAACUAAUAAUGACUACAACAAGGAGCAACUGUUGAAAACUCACUUCACGGGAGUCCUGUCGUUAUUAUGGUGAUCGUGUGUUCUCCUUUUCAGCUAUGGAGCUUUAGGGUUUGACCCCGCCCACUCACUGUCACCCCGCCCCCCCCUCACCAAACCACGCUUACAAAUGAUUGUGGUGAUAAUGGUGACCACUAUGGGAAAGGAGACGGACUUCACUAAGAGGAUAUUUGUCUUUGUUUUCUUUAUUUUGCCGGUCCAGCGACAUGGACGACUUUGGUUCUGAUAAUGUUAUUUGAACUAGUUUUAACUUUUGGGGUUUGGUAAGAUUUCAGUUUGAUGGCAGAUGGAUGUUACUGGUUAGCAUUUUAUUUUCCUGUCAAGUCUGUCAUGUUGUUUUUUUGUUUGUGUCUGGCUUUUAUCUCUGCCGAUAGCUGAGCAUGCUUUUCUUUGCUAAUGUCCAAAUGAGCAAUCAGGGAUGGGUGAGGAGCAGAGGGGAAAGGGACUUUAUUAGAGUUACAAAUAUGUAGCAGCAUUUUGCUUUUUUUUUUUUUUAAAGAAAUGGUGAAGGAUGGGAUUGCAGUAGUGUGAUAUUUUAUACCUGAUACAUUUUUCUGUAUUUUUCUUUUUCUUUAUCGUGAAUUUUCUUUACUUCUUCCCCUUCUGGUACUGUUCAGCACCCAAAAAGCAUUGAAAGCAGCAACUAGUAUUUGUUUGACAUAAAUGGAUAUAUAUACAUAUAUAAAUACCUAUACAUAAAUAUACAUAUAUAAAUAUAUAGAUAUAUAAAUAUUUGUAGUGUUUGGCUAAAUGCGAUUGUGGCUGGUCCCAUUUUGCAGCAGUACCAUAAGUGAAGACAUGAAAAGGCGCAGAAAUGGUUUCUAGACUGGGGAACCUGAUAUCAGUGUCCACGUCAUAAAACAUUAUGGCAGAUUGUAUUAUGUAUUAUUCCAUUGUCUGGUAAAGAAACAAUGAGAGACACAACUACAUAUGAAUAUCUAACACAAACUAUGGCUACAUAUCCACAAAUACUAUGAAAAAUGUUUGUAGUACAUAGAUAUUGGAACAUGGAAUAUAUAUAUAUAUAUAUAUAUAUAUAUAUAUAUAUAUAUAUAUAUAUAUAUAUAUAUAUUGCUGUCAUGCACAUAUGUAUAUAUGCAUAUGAUGUGUGUAUAUAUGCAUUGCGUGUGUGUGGUCAUGCAUUACACAGUUGCAUACUUGAACGACGCUACUUCAUUUGCACUUUGUAGAGGCCUUUGAUUCAUUUCAGUUUGGAGGCAAAAAAAAGUUUGUGGAUUCAGCAUUUUAAUGGCCUUUUCACAGAUGGGUUGUUGGAGACAGAAGGAAAGUUUGAGCUGGACACUGAGGGGUUUUUUUUUUUUUUUUAGAACUGCAUUGUGUAGCAGCUGUCUGUUAGAUAAUGUGGUUACAUUUUGUUGCAAAGCUCAUUGACGAUGUUGGCUUGUCCUUUGUUUUUGUUGCUAAAUCUAAGCCCUUCUGGACAGUAAACGGUAGUUUCCGAUACUUCGCUGCUAUGUGGUAGAUACCCGGUCAGUUCUUCCCGCUCCUGUAGGUCUUUUGCACUUUAUGCUUCUCUUACUCCGACUCUGGGCUUUGUGAACCAGCUCUUUGUGGACGUCACCAGUGAUUUGCCUCUAAGCUGUAUGAAUCUUGUGCCUCUUCAAAACAUGAACAGCCUCCCUUUUUUCUGUUGUGCAGUGCAUAACUCCAAAAAAAGAAGAAAAAAAGAAAAAAAAAACCUUCAUGUGAACCGAUGUGUCUUCCCCCUUCUGGUUCAAAGAGGCCCUCAAAAAUAACGUUCCUCACCAAAUCCUUGUCGAACUCUGCCCUGUUUUUCUGGACAACAGAGACUUUUUCAAACCUGAAUGAUAUACAUAAACACAUAUUUUCUAUUUUUCAAAAAACAGAUGGACAUUUAGUAUAUUAUUUGUCAGAGUAAAAAAGAGGAAGCGGUGUGGAAUAUGCAGGACGCCCAGGGCUGGUUGUUUGACUUUUGAUUGGAUGGACAUAAAGAUAGCAGGAGGUUAAGGUGGGGGCAGGGUGGGAGGGGACAGAUUUAAAAAUCAGCAGUGAUUGAUUACUUUGCCGGCAAGGUCAGUCAGAUCACACCACCUUUAUCUUAAAACAAUGACAAUGCAAACCCUGAAUAGUUAGCAGUGAUACUUACUUGAAAACAUAAACAGCUGAGAUAUUGGCCCGUGUUACACUUUUUGUACAUAAAGUAACAUAUUUAAGGUUUUAUACGUAUUUCUACUGGGUUAGUUCUUUUACUUCCCCAACUUGAAGCACUUUUGUUCACUGUACCUCUGAUGUGUGUGUUUGUAUACAUGUGUGUGUGCAUGCACGCGUGGUCGUCUUCAUGCGUGUUUGCAUCCACAUGCAGGUGAAUGUUUAGUUUCUUUUCCACAGACAGUUUUAUUUCUUGAUUUCCCUCUCUUUCUUUUGAAGUGUUUUAGUUGUCCUGUUUUUCUUUCGCAGCUGUUUGGUUUCGCUGUCUCUCCCGGUGAUCUGCAAGGCCAAGAGCCAGUGUUUUUCUUUUUUCUUUUUUUUCUUUUUUUUUUUUUUUUGUUGUUUUAGAGUGAGAUAUCCCCGUUAAUGUUCUUUUGUUUGUUUUUUUUGUUAGCGUGUUUAUUUAGCUUGUGUGGUGAGAGCCCAUUGGAGGGCCCAUGUUUAGGUCUCUGCUGAGCCAUGUAGAUGUUGAGGGCGAGCUGGAAUCUCCCACCACGUCGCAGGGAGAGCCUUUACCAAGACCCUUUCACCACCACAGUCAGUCUGUCCUGUAUAGAGGGCUUUCAGGUGAUUAAACACAUCCACUGGUGGCCAGAGCCAAGCUCACAAACUCUUAAUACCGGCUGUAAUUGUGUUUGGAGACUUAUUUUCACCAUCUCAGGCCAACAUUUGACAAUGUAUACAGUAUAUUUCUUCGCUGGUCUUCACUGGAAAGUAGCGGUUACAUCUCUAAUACCCCUUUACCAUCGAGGCAGUUCUGGGGCUGGUGCUUUAUCUCCAACCAGUUCUUUGCGCCUUAACGGCCAAAGAACAAACUAUCAGACCUGGAAUACUGAUUCCAGAGCAACACCAACACUUUGCUUUGUCUAUUUCUAUUUGUGUCUAUUAUUAUAUACGGUUCACGAGCCAGCCGUAACGUAAUACUGGGGGCUCAUCCGGGAUCCAACAGGAAGCUUUCCAAAAUUAAGCUUGAUGUAACGAUAGGUAACUGAGAACCACUUGCAUAACAAGCUGGAGGCGGGGUUAAAAUGAUCAAACAGGUUAGCUAAGACUGUGACAGAGCUCAAGUAACGUCUACUGUUCCUGAUCCAAAUGAGCAAAGCAGCAUGUUGAUAAUAGUCCACUAUCUAGACCCUUUCUGGUGGUUCUGUGGCGUCUCUCUUGCUAGUUCUUACAAGGUGUGCACAUAGUUCCAACUUCAGACCAUCACUAGCACCAGCCCAGAACUGGCAUCAUGUUUGUUUUAUGUGGAAAUGGGGUAGAACUGAUUUGAUAUUUUGCAUUCAGACUAGUUAUGCUUGUUGAACGGCAGGUUAACCAGAGUUCUGGAGCCGCAUCCUUUGAUGAAUGCAUUUCUUGAGAAAAUGUGCUUUAGAAAGUCAAAGAAGGUAUGCAUUAUUUCACAGGGUGCUAGAAAUGCUGCCUUUUGUACCUCAGUUUGCACAUUUCAUCCUGUACUGGGCACCUGUCAUUAAAAAUGGAACCUAACAGCAGGAGGAACUCUGACUUUGGCUGAUGUCGGUCUUAACUGGCUGCAGUGAUAAAGACUCAUGUAAGAGUUGGCCAGUUUCCACCACAACCAUCAGGAGCCACAUUUCAAUCAAAACAACCUUUUCCAGAAAUUACAAACCUAUGGAGGACCAAAGUCUGGCAUAUUACUCCCCCAAAACAUCGUCAUGUUCAGAAAUUACUUCUUCCUGAUAUUUGAAAAACUCUUUUGACCUGUUAGGACAGUAUUUAAAUUUUGACCUCCCUUUCCAAAAAGCUGAAGCAGUUCUUGAUUUUCAACACUUUUUACUUUGGAGUUUACAUAGUGACAAGUCCAGAUGUUAUCUGUAUAAUCACAUCCAAAAACUAACAUCUAAACAAAAGGGCUUGUUCGUGCUUCCGUAGAUUUAAUUUGCUAAUCUUUGUAAGUUUAAACCAACAUCCAACCAUAUGAAUGAAUGUUUUGCUACAACAGUUCCGGUGUUGUGCCAAAAUCUAACCCUCCCUCCCUCCCUAACUUUACUGCCUCCACCAUCGUCGUCAUACAAUUCGACCCCUUUCAAACUAAAAGUUGUCUCUAUUCCAACAUCCUAACCCUAACCAAGUCAAAACCUAAUCAUGUAGUGAUGUACUCAUGGGAAGAAGAAGCUGAAGAGGGUCAGAACCAAACGACACGUAGAGUGGAAAUGUGACUGAUGAACUACUUUUAAGCGUAAUUUUAGGCUAUUAUUUGGCUAAUUUUGACCUAAAGUUAAUUUUUACUGUAUAUUCCACUGGUCUUUUACGGUUUGUAAAGUUUGGAAAUAUCGUAUGACCUCAAUGAACUUACCACGUACCUUCCGUCACUCAGUCAAUCAUUAAUUCCUGGUAAACGUGCAACAUUUCGUGGUUAACAGGUUUUCUUUCCAUGUGGUGAACUCGACUGACUUUGACAGUCCCUAGACACCGAGUGCCAAAUGCACCGUUUGUUUCAGUUGGUUUCAGCGUCAUUUGAGAAUCAGCUCAUCUUUCAGGAGCUUUGACUGACUUUUUUUUUUUUUAAUACAAGGAAUGCAUUCUUCAAAGGUUACAGCUCUGUUGUUUAACUCUCUUUUAUGUGCCCAGCCUUCACUACUUGGUCGGAAUAACAUAUUUGGCUGCCAACGCCAGCUGUUUGAGAAUUUAAACAGGGUUGUAAAGACCAGCAACUGGUAGAUAAUUAGACAAAAAUGACCUUAUCACAGCCGACCAAAAUGACCUAGAGAAGCUUUUUUUUUAUUUAUUUAUUUAUUUUUUUUUUUUUUUGCAUUUCCCUUUACUUUUGCCAGUUGUUGAAGCAAGGGGGGCCUCUAAGAUCGCACCACCAGUGGUUUCUGGGAGACUAGUUCCCCAACUGCAGACCCUCUAUACUCUGUCUUCGAUCAGUUGAAUAAUUAAAAAGCAGUUGCCAGUGUCCCCGUCGGUUUGUACCAAAUAAGAACCAGGUUCUAUUGAAUGCAUCAGUGUCAUGUGUCGGGGCAGGAAGGAAGCCAGUGAAUCAUGAUCCAGUGUCUCCUGGAGAUUCAACUGCUCAUACCAAAACUAAAGAGGAGGAGGAGGAGCUGGAAUCCUGUCAACUGUGACAUUGUCUUUCUCUAGAAUGUUUUGAUUCUCUGAACUUAACAGUGUCAAAGCAGCCUGGAUGAAAAAUGUAGAUAUUUGCUGCUGAAAACUGUUUACUUUUUAUUGUUAUUUUUGUUUUUUCGUGACACUGGCUACCUACUUUUUGAGCUGUUACUGUCAAGAAAACGUACCUGAAAGGAUGUUGAUCAAAGGCCAGAUGGGUACACGGGGAAAAGACUGUACAAGUUCUUUUCUUAUGACUGUUCAACGCAGUUUAAGGUCUAAAGCAUGUUGUAUUUAUAAUGGCUAUAUGUCGUGCCUGUUUUAUUAUUUUUUUUCCUAAAUUUAAAACAAAAAUAUUAUAUGCUUUUUAUUUGACUACAUUGCUUUGCAUUCUGUCUUAGUAAAACCAUGUCACAUGUCUGUUUUCACUCUAAUGUAAACUAUCAGAUAUCACAAUAAAUUUUCAGUGGCAUUAAAUUGUGAA